AUGGGUUCCAUGACACUUCCCAAAGAGCUUCCCACCAUCAAUUUCUCCCUGCAAGAAAUGAAGCCUGGCUCGAGCUCCUGGGCUUCCACCUGCAAACAAGUCCGGCAUGCGCUCGAAGAGUACGGUUGCUUCGUGGCAUUGUACCAACAAGUCUCCCCAGAGCUCAUGAACAAUAUCUUUGGCCAGUCGAGGGAUUUGUUUGAGGUUCCUCUCGAGAACAAAGUCAAGAACACAAGCGAGGAGCCUUACCGUGGUUAUAUCGGACCAAAUCCCCUCAUGCCACUCUAUGAAGGGAUAGCCAUUGACAAUGUAACUUCCCCACAAGAAACUGAGAAGUUUAGAGACCUCAUGUGGCCUAAUGGAAAGACAAAAUUCUGUGAAAUCGUGGAUCUAUUUGCCAAGCUGCUCGGGGACUUGGAAAAUACUGUGGAGAAGAUGUUGUUUAAAAGCUUCGGGAUACCUCAAGAGCAAUAUGAAUUGUUGGCGAGAUCAAACAGCCAUCUUCUUCGUUUUCUCAAGUACAAGACACCAGAAGACAGAGACACAGUCGUAAGGUUUCCGAGGCACACAGACAAGAACUUCACCACCAUUGUUGUUCAGCAUGAUGUUGCUGGCCUCGAGGUUCAGACUAAGGAUGGUGAUUGGAUAAGUGUCGAGUCUGCACCUUCUCAGUUCCUCUUCAUGGCUGGUGACGGACUGCAGGUAUGGAGCAAUGACAGAGUGAAAGCUUGCCAGCAUAGGGUGAAGCACUGCGGGGACAAGACUCGAUACUCGUUGGGAAUGUUUACGUUUAACAAUGGAGUAUUUCAAGUACCUAAACAGCUAAUAGACGAUAGUCACCCACUCCUCUACAACCAGUUCGACAACCGUGGCUUCAUAAGAUUUUACAUCACAGAGGAGGCCAAGAAGGCAGAGUCGCCCAUCAAAGCCUAUUGCGGUAUUAAAACCUAGCUACCA